AUGGCGCCUCAAGUCUUUUCAGUUCCCGUAUUCCUCAUUGUCCUCCGAGAGACCAUCGAAGCGGGCAUCGUGGUAUCUGUCCUGCUUGCGUUCCUCAAACAGACGCUUUGUGGACCUAAUGGGGAUAGAGCGGUUUACAAGUCAAUGGUGAAGCAAGUUUGGAUUGGCGCUCUGCUUGGCUUUUUGGUCUGCCUAAUUAUCGGAGGCGCUGUCAUUGGCACCUUCUAUCGACUCGGUAAAAAUGUGUGGCAGUCCGCUGAAAACAUCUAUGGAGGAGUUUUCUACCUCAUUGCCGGUGUCAUCAUCACCGUCAUGGGAGUUGCGCUCCUGCGGAUUGGCAAGAUGCAAGAAAAGUGGCGCGUGAAGCUGGCCAAGGCCUUGGAGGGCCCUGUGAAUACCACCACCGGCGUUAACAGGUUUAAGCGCUUCACUGCCAAGUACUCGCUAUUCAUCCUGUCGUUCAUCACUGUUCCUCUCGGUAUCCCGGGGUUUUCUGACGAAUUUCAAAGGGGAGGCUCCCUGACGUCACUGCAAAUCUUCCUCAUUGGGUCCACAUGCUUGCUCUACUUGGUAGCGGCAGGCCUCAUGGCUCGCGCGGUUUGGUAUUUUGAAGCGCAACACUGGAAUACUCUCAUUGGUGGCGGCGAUGCUGCAGAGCUUGGAGCUGGGCCGGGCUCCUACGAUCUCCACAGGAGCGUCUGGCAUGUCAAUUGUUGUAACCCUGAAUUUAACGGUGGCGGUGGCUGGGGCAUAUUUAAUGGUAUCCUCGGAUGGACGAACUCUGCCACUAUCAGCACUAUCCUCACAUACAACCUCUAUUGGUUGGCAGUGAUUGUGACAUUCUUGCUUCUGGGGUACAAGGAUAUUCGCGGGCACUGGCCGUUUAUGAAGUCUAAGGAGUCUAUCGAGGGUGACUCUGAGCAAGACCGGGACUCGAACAAUUUGGAGGUUGGCGAAGCAGGACUGAGUAUGACCGGAGCGUAUAAGACUGUUCCCAUCGAGGCGCCCAAGGAGGUAGAAGAGAAAUAA